CUUGCUUUGCCUGUUGCACUGACACGGCUGACUUGAGCGAGGCGCGGCUGUGUGUGUGCAGAUUGCUGUAUCAGAGAGACUGAGACGGCAGGCCCCGAUCACAAAGGAAGAAAGCUAUGUCUGAGACCAACGGAAUUAACGGACAUAAGCCGGCCGGACUACAAUGGAAGGCAGGUCUGGUUACCAGCUCUAACAAAUACCUGACAGCCGAAAAAUUCGGAUUUAAAAUUAAUGCAUCUGGGACUGCAUUAAAAAACAAGCAGAUAUGGAUGUUGGAGCAGGACCUGAAUGAGGAAGUGGUGUAUAUUCGGAGUUUUCUGGGACGGUAUUUGUCGUCUGAUAAAUACGGCAACGUGACAUGCGAUGCCGAGGAACCAGGGCCGUCAGAGAAAUUCGCCAUAGAAUACACCAAAGGGACAGGCAAGUGGUUGUUCCGGCAGAUGGAACACGGGAAUUACUUGGGAAACAGUGGAGAAAACGUCAAAUGUUUCGCCAAGUCUCCGGGGGAGUCCGAGCACUGGACUGUCCAGUUGUCGAUUCACCCACAGGUACAUUUACGUAACGUCAACAGGAAACGUUACGCGCACCUGAAGGACGACGAGAUCCAAUGUACGGAGGUCAUUCCGUGGGGUCAGAACUCGCUCAUCAUCCUAGAGUUUGUCGAGGGAAAGUACGCCUUAAAAACCUAUGACAAUCGUUAUUUACAUAAAGAUGGGGGUCUGGUGGAGGCACUGGAUGACUCCAGUAAAUUCACCUUAGAAAUCAAAUCGGGCCAGAUCUCUGGGCUGGCUUUUAAGGACAAUGAUGGCCGAUAUCUGACUGCAGUAGGGUCUACUGCCUCCAUGAAAGGCCGAAAUAAAGCGGUAACAAAGGACGAACUAUUUACUAUAGAGGACAGCCAUCCACAGGUCGUCGUCAUUGCGUACAAUGGGAAGCUGGCCUCAAUCAGACAAGGUAUUGACGUUACAGCCAAUCAGGAAGAAGAGACGGAUAAGGAGACAUUCCAAAUGGAGUACAACCGCGAGAAAGACGCGUGGGCGUUCCGGACAAUUGACAACAAAUACUGGUCUCUGGAUGCGGCAAGCGCGGGGGUGCAGGCAAGGUCGGCUUCUGUAACACCCCAGGCUUUGUUUCAUUUGGAGUGGUUGGGUGACGGAACAGUGGCAAUCAAAGCCAGCAACAAUUGUUACAUAUUCAACAAGGCAACCGGAAGUCUCGUAGCGACCACUGAGGCCGUCGGCGAGAAAGAAAAGUUUAAGAUUAGGAUAGUAAACCGACCGCUUUUGGUUCUGAAAUGUGAAUAUGGAUUUGUCGGGGUCAAGGCCAAAUCAGAAGAAUGUUGCUGUAACAGAGUGACCUAUGACCUCAUCCAGCUGGAGGGCUGUAAGGACGGGACGUACAACUUCAAAGCGUCUAAUGGUAAAUACUGGAGUGUUGCAGAUAACGAUAUGGUGAUGUUGGAUGGAGACGGUCCCACUCCAUUUAUCGUGGAAUUUAAGGGAAACUCAAAGUUGACAAUCAAAGCGCCAAACGGAAACCUUCUCAAAACGGAACAAAACGGACUAUUCAAGGCCACCGGAACGGAAGUCAAUGCCAGCACUCUGCUAGAGUUCUAAAGACCUGGAGACAGGUACCAAAUUACAUCUUCAAAGGGGACCAGCUCAUCCAAGCUUGGGCAGUGAUAUCUGUUUGAGACAGAGUGUAAUCAAAAUAUUGUCAUUUCUUUACGCGUAUCGUGUCCUCAUCCACCGACCCCUUACAUCAUUUACAUGUAUACGACUAUCGACCACCAGAAUCGAGAUUUUAAUUCGUUUCUAGGAUACACAACGAAUCGCUGGCAUGUUAUUUAUACUGCAAGCUGCAGUUUUUGAAUAUAAGACAGGGACUUGUUAUAGCGCGAUGCAGACUUUGGAUCAAUAUACAUGUGUUUGUGACGUUGAACGUUAGGUGUAUCUUGUAUAUAAAAGGCGAGAAAUAUUUUUGCAUGGCUUCUUGUUAGAGUUCAACAUUUCAUCGAUAUAAGAAUGAUAUUAAAAUCCAUUUCAUGAUUUGUACAACAUGUGAUUAAAACAUGUAAAACUGU